AUGGCAAAAGACUUUCAAGUCCUGCCACCCAGUGCAGGCUACGGCAUCGUCAUUGGAAUCGGAGGCAUCUUCGCCCUGUUCAUGCUCAGUCUAACUUGGCUCCAGAACCGAUACACCCGUUUCUCAACGCACCAAGCUGAAGAAUUCAACACAGCGUCCAGAUCCGUCAAACCAGGUCUAAUCAGUGCUGGCAUCGUAUCCUCGUGGACAUGGUCUGCAACAUUAUUGACAAGUUCCACGUUCGCAUAUGAGUAUGGAGUCUGUGGACCGAUGUGGUAUGCGGCGACGGGAACGUUGCAGAUUCUUUUAUUCGGCUUGAUCGCUAUUAAGAUUAAGCUGAAUGCUCCUGGAGCGCAUACGAUGCCUGAGAUUGUACUCUCCCGCCAUGGCACUAUUGCGCAUCUUACUUAUUUGUAUUACGGUCUUGCGACUAAUAUGCUUGUCGGGGCGUGUUUGGUUCUUGGUGGUUCGCAGGUCGUGAGUGCGUUGACGGGUAUGAAUGUUUACGCAGCGAUAUUCUUAAUCCCGGCGGUUGUUGCUGUGUAUGUUAUUGCUGGUGGAUUGCGGUCUACCUUUAUUGCUGACUAUACUCAUACUGUUAUCUUGUUUGUGGCGAUUUUGGUUUUUGGUUUCUUGCUUAAUGCUACUAGUGACUUGGUCGGGAGUCCGGGGAAGUUGUAUGAUCUUCUGCUGGAAGCUUCGGAGAAGAUGCCGAUCGCGCGAAAUACGGGUGGUUCUUAUCUUGCGUUUCGGUCGGUUGGCGGUCUUAUCUUUGCUUGUGAUCUUUUUGUCGCUGGUUUCACCACUGUUUGGCUUGAUCAGGCUUACUGGCAGCGUGCGAUCGCUUCGAAGCCGGAGACGUCGGUCAAGGCAUAUAUCCUUGGCGGUAUUGCGUGGUAUGGGAUUCCUUUCGGGUUUGCAACUGUUAUGGGCUUGGGAUGUGCAGCUCUAACAAGCGACCCACGUUUUCCUACUUAUCCCAACCCAUUGUCGUCAGCGCAAGUCGAAGCAGGACUUUCAGCCCCAGCAACGGCAAUAGCACUCCUCGGCAAGGGUGGCGCCGUCUUAUUGCUCAUCCUGUUAUUCAUGGCCGUGACGAGUUCCACCUCGGCAGAACUCAUCGCCGUGUCAUCGCUGUUGACGUUUGACGUGUACAAGACAUACUACCGACCGAACACUAGCUCCGAAGCACUAGUGAAGGUCAGCCACUGGGCGAUCGCGUUGUAUGCAAUUAUUCUUGCUGCCUUCUGCUGCAUCCUAAAUGCAGUUGGGAUCAGUCUGACCUGGGUUCUGACAGUGUUGGGGGUCAUCGUGGGUGGCGCAGCCCUUCCCGUUGGCAUGAUUCUUCUAUGGGAGCCCAUGUCCACGGUCGCGGCUAUCGCUGCCCCAUGGAUUGCUUUUAUCUGUGGCCUUAUCUGUUGGUUUGUCACGGCGUGGAAACGCAGUGGUGCGAUCAACGUUGCAACGACUGGGGAUACCACUAAUGCCGUAGCUGGCAAUCUAGCGUCCUUCGGGAUGGGGUUUGUGAUGGCGUUUGUGUUGACAUUUCUGUUCCCUAAGAAACAUAGUCCUCCGGUAGCGAUUGCGGCUGCUGUUUCUGGCGUUCCAGACUCUGCUGGUUCCGAGCAAGAAUCUACUGCUCGUCAAGAAAAUGAGAAAGAUAAACGUGAUGUUUCUCCAAAUACAAGGGAAGUUGUGCAGCCUCCAAGUAACGAGCUUGUCGAUUACCUCAGUUCCAACAACAUCGAGCCCAUGGAUCCUAUCCUUGCACGCAAAGGUGAACGCAUUGCUUGGGUUGCUAAUGCUAUUUUCUUCUUUGGUGCUGUUGUUUUGGUUCCAUUCACCCUUUUCGGCACGAGCUAUAUCUACAGCAAACCUUUCUUCACUGGAUGGGUGGUUGUCUCUUUUAUUUGGAUUUGGAUCAGUGUUGUCAUUUGCGUUAUUUUUCCUGUGGUUGAGAGUGCCGAAGCUUUGGGAAAUAUCCUGGGCGGGGUGUGGAUGGAUGUAAAGGCCCUUUUUGGCCAUCGCAAGGAGAGGGUAGUAAGCCCCGUCGCUGCUUGA